AUGACCUUGGAGUCGACUUUGGCUGCUGCCGACCGCCCAACACCAAGGAUCGUGAAUCUAGUUUCCACCGCCUACUUGGGCUGCAAACUAGACCUAAAAUUUAUUGCGAGCCGAGCCAGAAACGCAGAGUACAACCCAAAACGGUUUCACGCCAUCAUAAUGCGAAUCAAGGAACCCAAAACCACCGCUCUUAUCUUCUCCUCUGGCAAGAUGGUCAUCACCGGCGCCAAAACCCUAAAAGACUCUUGGGGGGCGGCCAGGAAGCACGCCCGAAUCGUCGAGAAAGUAGUAGGGCUUAAAGUAAAAUUCUCGGAUUUCAAGAUUCAAAACAUCGUGGCAUCCUGCAAUGUCAACUUUGCGGUCAGGCUUGAGACUCUUUCAUUCUCAGGUAAUAAACUUGGUUAUGCCUCGUACGAAGCGGAGAUCUUCCCCGGUCUGAUAUAUAGGGUUCUGAAACCCAAGGUUGUUUUCCUCAUCUUUGCGUCGGGCAACUGUGUCAUUACAGGGGCCAAGAGCUUCGAGGAUGACACGCUCAAGGGUUGGGAGCUAAUGUACCCUCUUAUUGCACAGCACCGCAGAAACAACCCAACCAACGGUGUACCAUCUUUCAUGCAAGAAACUAGUGCACCAAAAAGAGGAAGAAAGAAGAAGGAUGAAGAGAGAGAGGAAGAAACAGGAAGUAAGAAGAGAGUUCCAGCUGGUUCUGCCUCUGACCCAGUUGUUUGCUUUUGA